GCAGCAGCUUCGCCUGCUCUCCCUGUGGUUGUCAUGGCGUCCUCCGGCGGCGGGCGCUCACCUGCGGCGGUGGUCUUAGACGACCUUGUGGAUGUUCGCGACCGCGUGGCGAUGCUGCAGACCGUGCUGCAGGAGUCUUCGCCUGGGGCGACCGUGGAGGCCGGGGAGCUGGUGGAGGGGAUGAUGGCCAAGCUGUCGAGCGCCCUGUCGGUUCUCGGCACCGGUGAUGGUGGCGUGGCGUCUUCGUCGGGGCCAGGUCGAGGACCGGGCGGGAGGAGGAAGAGGUCGGGCACUGCGUCGUCCGGGCCGCACCGCCGGAGCAGCUCGAGGAGAAGGAUGAAGAGCCCUCUAAUCAGGACGGUCACCGCUACGACGCUCACAGAUGGCAAGUCAUGGAGGAAGUACGGGCAGAAACAGAUAAACGACUCUACUAACCCGAGGAGCUACUACAGGUGCACGCAUUUGCCAGAUAAGGGCUGCAAGGCCAAGAGGCACGUCCACGUAUCCGAGUCCAACCCGUCGGAGUACACCAUCGACUACUAUGGCCAGCACACCUGCAGGGAUCCCUCCACAUUUCCAUCACUCAUCGUCCAAGGGGCCGCCGACGCUGCCCCGCCGCCGGACUGUGCAAACCUCAUCAGCUUCGCGCCCAUCAAUGGAGCCAACCGCGCUUUCACUGCCAGCACGAGCACGAGCGCUUUUUCUCAUCAUCUCAUGAAAGAAGCGGCUGAUCAUCAUCCUAUGCUCUUCUCCCGCUUCUCCAACCACAGCUCCUCUCCGCCAGCUCAGGAGGGCGUGUCCAGCGACUCACCGUCGCCGGCUUGCCACAGCAAGUACAUGCAGUACGCCGGCGGGCAGUUCAUCAACGUUACUGGCAUAAGGACAUCGCCGUUGACUGUGGGAUCAGCGCCGGCGGAGUACUGGCCGGUGGUGGAGGUCACCGGCGUCGACAGUGCUGUCGCAGGCAUGGACAGCUUCCCUUCCUCCCCGAGCAGCCUCGGGUUCAUGUCGGGCUCGUUGGAGGGAUCAUUUGGCAAUAACGUUUACGACGACGACCUGUUCAGCUUUGAUUCCUGACCAUAACAAGGGCUUGCGCAGUUUGCACGGGCCGAGUAACGAUAGUACGGUGUACUGUCUAUGUAUGAGUAUAUUGGGCAUGUGUGGAACUGUGGAUAUGAACAGAAAGAUAGCUAUCUAGUAAUCUGUACUAUAUUGGCAUGUCAAGUGUAAAUAUAUAUGUAAGUUUGCCUGUACGA